CCACACAAAUUAAAGCAAAUUUCAGACACCAAACACCGUACAUUGCAAAUUUUGAAAUGUUCCAGCACUGUUUCUACUUAUUAUUUUUUUAAAUAGCAGCCCCCGCCACAUGAAUUAUUGAUACGUCCGACAAUAUAUCGAAACGACAAACCUUUACUGGACGUCGCUUCACGAAUAAAUGACAGUAUAUCCAAGAAUGGCGCGUCAAACAAAAUAUUCGGAAACUGAUAGCAUCGCAGUGAUGCGUUCUCGCAUGCCGUCUUGUGAAGGGCAGAACUCUCCUCGCUUCUGUCUGUUUGUCGUAAAAAUACGAUAGGUUUUCACUUACGCAGAACGCACCGUGUAUUCCCUCGCACCGCGUAUGCGUGUUAACUUCAAUCUAAUUUUGAAAAUUGUCCUCUUGACUGUGCACGCGGCGACGUAUGUAUAUUAUUAUUUUUUUUGUCAUAUUUACCUCUCUGUGGCACCGGGCUCCUGAGGCUGCCAGUGGACAGUCGUAGCGUCCACACAGCGUUCCUCAGACACCAGCGUGCGCGCAUGUGACCAGCUAUAAGCGCGUUCGGCUUUCGUGCUGUCUAGCGCACCCGGCCGCGCUGGCACGCGACAUCAGUGACAGCGUUCCAGCGUGGCCAGAGUUGGCGCUCGCUCACGUGGCGUUCGAUCACUCGGUGGCGAGCACGAGCUGGCCGACGCUGUCAUCCCGGCCACGUUACUUGUCUUCGAACACUUCCUGUCCCGAUCGAGAACUUCCGACGAAUUCGAAACAUGCUUCACUUCCUGGGCAACUUGCGGAAGCUCUUCAGGGCGCGCAAGGUGAACACCGACGGCAAUGUCUUCCGCCUGCACACCGUCGUCACGGUGGCCAUUCUGAUGGCCUUCGGCACGAUCCUCACCACCAGGGAGUACGUGGGGACGCCCAUGGACUGCCACUGCCCGACGGUUCCCAAGAGCGUGGUCGACUCCUUUUGCUGGGUCGAGUCCACGUUCAGCUUUCGCCCCCUUUUCAAUGCGUCGUACAACGGAAGCUUCGUCUAUCCUGGCGCCGGCCACAAGCCUCCGGGAAGCGGACUCGGAGACCGCAAGUACCACACGUACUACCAGUGGGUCUGCUUCCUCAUGUUCGCGCAGGCGCUGUGCUUCUACGUGCCCCGCUGGUUCUGGAAGGCCUGGGAAGGUGGCAAGGUGCCCGCCAUCGUCGCCGCGCUCGACAUCCGCUCGGCCGUGACGCAGGACAGCGCCGAAGUUCGGUCGCAGAUGGUCGACUUCCUGGUGCUCAACAUGAACCACAACCGCUGCUAUCUGGCCAAGUACCUGCUGUGCGAAGUGCUCAGCGUCGUCAACAUCGUCGCCCAGGUGGCCUUCACCGACUACGUCCUGGGAGGUGGAUUCCUGACCUACGGCUGGGAUCUGGUCCGCUGGCAUCGCGGCGAGGGCCGCGACUUGGUGAGUCCGGCGGUGAUGGCCUUCCCCAGGAUCGCCAUGUGCACCUUCCUCAAGUACGGCCAGUCGGGAACGAUCGAGAACCGAGAGGCCAUCUGCGUCCUCCCGCUCAACAUCAUAAACGAGAAGGUCUUCGCGUUCCUCUGGUUCUGGUACGCGACCCUGCUGUUUGCUGGCGUGUUGGCCGCGUCCUAUCGCGUGCUGCUCCUGGUGAACGCGCCGCUCAGGCGCCGCCUGCUCAGCUGGCGCUACCCGGACAGCCAGCGCAUCUCGACCGUCGUGUCGGCCAUGUCGGCCGGCGACGUCUUCCUCCUCAGCCUGGUGGGGCAGAACGUGGACUCGCUCGUCUUCAGCCAGCUGGUGGCGGAGCUGUCGCGCCGGUUGGUCAAGGUGCCCGCAGUCGUGCUGCCAUCAGCCCCGCUGCCUCACUGAGAGAGGCAGUCCAACAAGUGCUCACUAGUUGACCUUUCCCGGCCGUGCGGGUAUUAUGUGGGAGAACGCGCCUCCCUCAUUGUUUUGUUUAGAGUGAUCCUUUUUUCUGUUUUUUGUUUUGUCAGGCUGAUGAUAAAAUGCUUUCAUGUGUGCCACUCA